CUCGCGUCGCGGUCGGUUGUUAGUAUGGUAUUACUCCAGUAUAGUAAGUAGUAACGUAACAUCAUCGCGUGUGCCAUUCUCUGGGGAACCAUUGAAUCGAACUGUCGUCAGACCAGCGGUUUCGUACCUUUUGAAUUCACGCUAUCACGUGGUGCUAAAAUUUAAAUUGUAAAAUACAAUAAUCAGACGGUGAAUUAUUUUAUAUUUAAAAUACUUCUUGAGUGUUUGUUUAAUACGUUUUCACAGUAAUAAUUUUCACUAAAUUUGAAGUUUUCAAUUACUUCAAUAAAUUAUCAAAAUGUUCAGUCAAAAGCAUUGGAUAUUGUUUCUCGAUUUCGUACUACUGGUUCUAGUUUUGAUCGCAAUGGGUUUAGUAGAAUUCGGAACUAUUCCACACUUGCAAAGCAUCGGCUUUUCUUGUGGCGAUCCUAAAAUAAGCUACAAAUACAAGGGCGAUACGGUGGAGUCUCAUGUGCUUAUACUGGUUACACUCAUAGUUCCAUACUUGGCCGCAAUGACGACCGAAUACUUUGCUAAAGAAAAAAACAAAUUUAAUUCCGGACGGUAUGAAUGGUUUAAGGAAUCAUUGCGGUGGUAUCGGCAAUAUAUCUUAGGACUGAUAUUCGUAUUUUUUAUAACAGACGUCGGUAAACUCCUGAUUGGUGAACCUAGGCCACAUUUUUUAGACACUUGUCAUCCUAAAGAAGCCGAUAACUGCACUAAUAAGUAUAUUGAUCGUUAUACAUGUAUGAAUCCAAAUGAAAGCACUUAUAUCAUAAGAGAUGCUAGCAAGUCAUUUCCAUCGGGCCACGCUUCAAUUUCAGUGUACGGAUCAAUAUCUUUGGCCUGGUAUCUACACAACAAAUGCAAAUCGCGUUCGAUGCUGUUAAUGCCAGUUUUACAGGCGUUGUGCAUACUCUGGGCCAUGUUCUGUUCUUUGACACGAAUCACAGAUCAUAGACAUCAUUGGUGGGACGUAUUGGCUGGUUCGAUCAUUGGAAUCGUGAUCACCACUUACAUUAACGGAUUAUUCGAUAGACAAAAAAACGAUAACAAAUCACAUUCAACAACAGAAACUUGGUCCAACGAGACUACGGACAACGGAUAUUUUACUGCAGGAAGACUCUUAAACGUCGUCCCCGAUGGUAAAAAUCCAUCUCUGAAUUUGUAAUUUUCGCCAAACUGCAACUAUGUACACAUAAAAUACUCACUUUAUAUAUUUUUACACUGUACAGCAUUAUUGUUAUUGAAACGAAAAAUAAUUUGUUAAUGUUUAAACAUCAGUAUUCUUGCUAUUUAACUGUAUAUAUUUAUAUUAAAAUACAUAUUAUUACUAUGUAAAUUACAUUAGAUAUAGAAAUGCGUGACAAAUUGAAAUUUUUAGAAGAUGCGUAGUUCGCGCGUUUGAUCCCAUUAUUUUAUACAUUUAUCUAAACCUAUAAUUUUUAACUAUUUUUUAAUGUUUGUUGACAUGUACAUAUCACUAUUAUAAUAAUGUAGUUUUAAUUUACUAAUUUUUUUUUUUCAUUAAACCAUAAAGCGUAAUAUGCAUAUAUUCAUAGUACAUAUUAUAAUAUAUUAGACGUGUAUAAUAUAUAUAUAUAUUUUUAAAUUUUAAAAAUGUUUAAUAAAACAAAACCUAUUUGUAUUAUUAUACAAAUAAAAAAAAUAAUAAUUGAAUAAUAAUUAGGCGCACUUUUAUUAAUAUCCGUCGUUUACUCGUGUAACAUUUACCCAGUAUAUUUAUUUACAUUAUGUUAAUUUUUAUAUAAUAUCAUUUGUUACUAUUAAAUAGUAGUCAAUGGAUUAUUUUUAUAUUUUAUCAUUUCACCUACAAAAUUAAAUUACCUACUACAUAGACAUAGCCGCGUGUCACGUGGUUAUAUUUGAAUAGGUAUACUUCACACACGUAGUUAUUCUAUAGGUACGUGGAAAUUUUAUUAAACAAUUUCUUAAUUUAACGUCAUGCUCAAAUAAUAAAAGUUCUUUAGUAAACUGUA